UGAGAAUUGAGAUCAUCAUCUCUCUCCUGGUUCCUCUUCAACUUCUGGGCUCCUCUUCUCUCUUCAACCAAAAUCAUCAUCAGAUUAUGGAGGACAUGGACAUCGAUCACAUGGUCAUACCUGACACGCCCCCACCUGAAAGAUAUGCUGCCAGACAUGGUGUUUCCAGGGAACCUGCCAGUAAAGUCUUUAAUUCUCCAUUAACUAACAAGUUGAAUAAUUCAGACUUUGUUGAUGAGAAAUCACUGAAUGGUUCAGGGGUCAAGGAUAGAUUCAUCUAUGAGAAUGGUCACUGUAAAAGAGUUGUUAUUCGUCCUCCGAGAAAUCCCAUCAAUCUUGCAAUUCAAAAUGGCUCUGCAGAGGCUAAUUCAUCGGCUUCCGAGAAUGCUCACCUCUUUAGGAGACCCGCAGUUGGCAGAAAUUCCAGUUGUGAGAACAAACAUUCUUCUGGGACCGAAAACUUGGACAGAGGAAAGUCCAUAAGAAUUAAAGCAUUGUCUAAAUCUUCUGCAUAUCCAGAAAACACAGAAGUUCUUGAUUUAACUGAACAGAAUGGUCAAUCCCAGUUGCACCGAAAGGUAUUUCCACAUGGAAAAUUAGAUGAUGUUGUUCAAGGCACAAGAAACCGGCAGAUAAUAUCAGAUGGCAGUUUUACAGAUUGCUCUAUAAAUUAUUUGGAGAGAUCGAGAUAUGCCAAUAAUGCUAAAGAAAAAACAGUUGACAGUACAUAUACUGGUGUGGGUUUGCCGGUGCCUAUGGGGAAAAGGAUUGAUCUGCCUACUGAGCCUCAACAUAAAACAGAGCAUCAAAAGCCCAUGGCGCUUCAUUCUUUUACCCUGCCAAGAGUCAGUGGCCAGAAAAGAUUGGUAAGGAAUGGUUGUAUAUCCCCACAUAAUAUAGCAACAAGGUCUAAACAAUUAGAUGUAGAGAAUAAUACAAGUUCCAAGAAUAAUGACCACAGUCAUGCUGUUGAUGCGGUUUCCAGUGGUCCACCAUAUGUCAUAGAUGCAAAUGAUGUGGUCAAUGAAGACAAUAUAAGGGAAAGAGCGAAAGGGAAAGGGGUAAUGGUUCAACCUUCUAGACCAAGAGAGAAUAAUGCAAGAAUUGUUGAAACAUCAACCAGUCUUCUGAAUGAUAAUAUCGAAGCUAAUAUAACCAGAUAUGUUGGCAAAGAUAUAUCUGUAUGCUCUGAAGGUGGCUGGAGAAGUACGCGUAAUCAUUCAAGGACAUUAGAUCCACUUUUAUCUGACUCAGCUGAGCAUCUUCCCAGAAUAAUUAGUGGUGCUGGAAACUUUGUAAAUCAACAUGGAAGCAGAGUAGGGAGGAAGGAUACUUGGAAGGAAGGAAACUUUGUAAAUUUUGCAGACGAUUUGAAUUCAAAUCAAUCAACAGUUGUAUCUGAGCCAGGCCGGAUGGCUGGACAACAUCGUGAAGGAAAGAGAGUUAUUAGAAGGGAGAAGAAACGGGGAUUAAGUAUGGGAAAUCAUGGUGAAGGCUCUACAUUGGAUAUUAUGGGAAAUAAUGUUGACUCCGACAUUAUGUUUCUUGGUUCAUCUGAUACAUCUGAAAGUUCAAAAUCAUCUAGGAUUCACAGACCUCAGUUUCAGGGAAUGUUGAGGCCAGUUAUUGAAGUUGAUGAGUUGUCACCUGCCGCAGGUCCCUCUGACCCCCAAGGUAUCAAUUCAAUGAGUGAUGAUUCAGAGGCCAAGGCAAGGCAGCUAGAAGCUGAUGAGAUGUUAGCACGUGAACUGCAGGAACAAUUGUAUCAUGAGAUGCCUGCUUUUGGUGGUGGCGAGAUUGAUGAACAUCUAGCUUGGGCACUUCAGCGGGAGGAGAAUGCUUUUACUACCUCAUCUAGUGGAAGGCAUAAUAUACCUGAUAGUAGAGGCUCCACGAUAUUGCAUUCUCAUAGACGGCCCCAGUCACAGCCUUCUCAAAAUCCUUCAACUAGGAGAGGAGCCCAGGGUCGAGUUCCUAGCUCUUCUGCAGUGGCACAGUUAAGGAAUCGCCUUCGCAACCAGGCUCCUAGAGUAUCAAAUAGAAGAAGGAAUCUGCAAGGUCCUUUUCCUUCUGACAUGGAUCUAGACAUGAGACUGAAUAUACUUGAAGCUUUGGAGACUGCUGUUGGGGAUGUCGGAGAUGUGGGAUUGAAUAAUCACAUGUUUCAACUUCAGCGAGAUUUCACCGCCAAUGACUAUGAGAUGUUAUUGGCACUUGAUGAGAACAAUCAUCAACUUGGUGGUGCGACAGCUAAUCAAAUUAAUAAUUUGCCUCAGUCUACAGUACAGACUGAUGCCUCGGAAGAAGCUUGUGCAAUCUGUCUUGAAACACCAACACUUGGAGAAACAGUUCGGCAUCUUCCUUGCUUGCACAGAUUUCACAAAGAUUGUAUUGAUCCGUGGCUCAACAGAAAAACUUCAUGCCCAGUCUGCAAAUGUUCGAUCAGUUAGCUUGUGCUGUGAUUCAAUGCUCAGGCCAUCUUGUGAAUUGUGAUAACAGAAUAUCUUGCCAGUAGUCUUCUGAGGGUACAAACUACAACGGAAGCUCUGGACAUCUAUUUUGCCAUUGGUAACAACUGAUCUGCGCACCGAGUGUGAGGCAAGAUGGCUUGUUGUAUUGCAUUCUUGUAUUUUCUGCAUCAAGCGAAUGGGGCAUUAUGACAUUAAAUUGCAAGGUGAUAUUGUUCCUUGGUGGUGAUUAAACCCUAGACAAGAUCCAGGGUCUUCCAGGGAAAAACUGGUUGUGAUUAGAGGAUGUCGCGUUGCAAUGAGUGGUGAACAAUGCAAUUCAGGCCAGGGGUGUA